UCCCGCCCCCUGGUUACCGGAAGUGUGAUGUGGCUCGUGGCGGCGCGUAACUAUGUCUGCAAUCUUCAAUUUUCAGAGUCUUCUGACAGUAAUCUUACUGCUUAUAUGUACAUGUGCAUACCUAAGAUCUUUGGCUCCCAGAUUACUGGAUAACAAUAAAACAGGAUUAUUGGGGAUAUUCUGGAAGUGUGCCAGGAUUGGUGAACGGAAGAGCCCUUACGUAGCAGUAUGCUGUAUUGCAAUGGCCUUCAGUAUUCUGUUUGUACAAUAAAAAUGGGAAAAUGUUAAGAACAUACUGCUGUCAAUUUGCAAUCAAAUAAAAGACUUGAAGAAAUAGAAGACAAAAAUAACAUUUUACACCUCAAUUUCUUUGUUUGGACAAGAAAAACUUUUAUGUUGCAGUAUUUUUGGUUAAAGAGCAGUGAUGUUGAAAGAAAUACAGCUAUUAAUCCUUUUGAUUAGACAACCUUUAUUUAUAUUAAUUAUUCUAUAUUUCAGUAAAGACUUUAAAGACUACAACAGUGAGUUAUGUCUGCCAAUGUUGAUUUGAUGCUAAACCCCAAACCCUUUUAAAUGCUUUUUAUGUAAAAGUCUUUACUUUUAGUUUUUUCAUGUUGCUAUAGGAAAAAAAUCUUAAAUUAUAGACAAAAAGAAAGUAAAAUUGUAUCAUAAUAGAAAAUAGAUGCUGAUAGUCCUCGACUUACAACUAUUGAUUUAGUGAGUGUUUGAAGUUAUGACAUGAGAAAAAGUGGUGACCGGUCCUCACACUUUCAACUAUUGCAGCAUCCCAUCAUCAUGUGAUCAGAAUUUGGGCAUUUGGCAACUGGCAUGCAUUUACGACAGUUUCAGAGUUGUAGGGUCACAGCGUUGUGAUUGCCGCUUGUGACCUUCCCAGAUGGUGUCCAACAAGCAGUCAGUGGGGAAGCCGGAUUCACUUAAUGAUCAUAUGGUUCACUUACCAACUGCUGUGAUUCGCUUAACAGCCAUGCCAAAACAAGUUGUAAAAUUAGGCACAAUUCACUUAACAUCCGCUUUGCUUAGCAAUGGAAAUUCUG